UGGUCCGCAUGGUGAACGUAAACAAUCACCUGUCGACGGAGUCCACCAUAUUUUCAGCUAGACAACUGUUACAUUACGGGGAAUUACAACGCUAAAAUGUCGUUAGUGAACGUGACUGAUGGAACUGUGGCUUUACCCACAAACUAUUCUGUAGACAAAAGCAUAAAACACAGACUGCCAGCCCUUCAAGCAACACCAGUAUUAGACUAUGAUUUUCUUAGAAGACUUUGCAAGGAUCCUGGAUUACAAAACAGACACAACCCAGAAACCACAGAAGAGGCACAUGAGCAUUUCAUGAAGAAUUACCAUAAGAUGUUUAUUGAUCCACAUGCCCAUCUCAAGUCAAAGCCUCCCGGAGAAUUGAAUACAGGAGAAAGGAAGAAAAAAGCCUCACAUCCAAGCUUGAUAUCUCAUGCAACUGGGGGUUACACAGGCAAUGUGCCAGCAAUGAAGGAUUUUCCUCAAAAAUCAUAUCCCAUAGAUACCAUCACUCACAAUGUUGGAGACUACCUUCCAUUUCUACAUAAAGAAAGGAAAAUAUCAGAUCCAAAACAUGUCAGAAAACAGGGUAUCAAAACGCUAAGGAGACUGACCAGAAAGUACCCCUUUGAGAGGACAACAGAUGAAAAUAAAGUCAUAUUUGAUAUACUGAAGAAGAUGCCUGUUAUAACAAGACAAGUGCCCUCAGAACGUGUGCUCAAGGAAUUAGCUGUUGUAGUUACCAUAGAUAUCUGGAAAGAGCCAGAAUUCACAGUGUUUGGUAACACAGGGUUACAUUUGAUCCUGAAGGGUUCUGUGUCUCCACUGGCAAUACCAUAUGUAAGGACGGAAUCGAAUGUGGCUGCUUUCAACAGAGUGCCCACACCAACACCAUUUGAAGAGGAUGUCCUGACAGUUGGAGAAGUAUUUGGUACUUUAGUCAAAGUAGAGGGAAGAGAGCCGAACAGCAGGCUUUUGACAGUUAAAACUCUUGAGCCAAACUGUGAGUUCCUUCGCAUCACAACAACAGAUUAUAAAAGAGUUAUAGAGCAGAUUGAGAAUCGUGACCAGACAGAGAAAACCAAUGUUCUUUCAUUCUGUUCAUCCUAUAAAUACUGGCCACGUCAGCCUCUGUUAGCUUUGGCUAACUUAAUAGAAUGGACUUCAUUCCAAGCAAACACAGUGUUGGUGAGUGAAGGGUUUAAUGCCCCCUUCAUUGGGUUUAUCAGAUCUGGAGAGUGCCAUGUGCUGCGCCAAGUGGACGUAAAACACACUUUACCCAAUGGAAAACAGGAGCAGAGAACCAAGCAAGUGGUGAUGGGAAAGUUGACAGAGUCACAGUCAUUUGGGGAAAUCAGUGUGCUGCUGGAUGAACCAAUGACCUGCAGCAUAGUCGCAUCUACACAUUUGGAAAUGGGAAUAAUAGACCCAACAAAAUUGAAAGAACUAGAUGAAGUGACACUGCAGUUGCUUAAACAGUCAAAUCAGAGAACAUUUGGCAACUUAACACAAGAAGAUAUUCACGAGGAAUACAUGCAACAAGAACUGAAACGAGAGUGGAACGAAUACAAGCACAGCAUUGUAGUGGACGCCAUCAACACCAGGGGAAUCAGGCCUGGCUACGGGAAAUGGGCAAAAUAAUGAACUUCUACCUUAGUCACGAAGCAUUAAAACUUGUUUCUUUUUUUAAUCUAUUUAUUUUCAUUUUUUAUUUUUACCCUACAUCACAUUACCCACUGUUAAUCUGUGGCAAAAGCUUUGGUAACUAUUGACCCUACCAAACUCCAGAGACUAAGGGUAUGUUCAGAAUAGAUGUUAACGUACUAGUAUGAUCUAUCUAUCUCAGCAGGGAUUCUCACUUAGAUGCAGUCAGUGUAAUCAGCUGAUUUGUCUGGCAUGUCCUUUCACAAAGCAACAUGAACAACAUCAAGUUUUCCCGACUUAAUCCAAGUGCUUAAAGUCACGAAGCCAGGUUUUGGAAAAUGGGCAAUCUAACAAGGUUUAAGGGUGCAUUCCCAUAGAUUUUAAAUCAAUCUAUCCCCGUGGGGAGUCUCACUAGAUUACUGUCAGAUA